AUGCCAAGUCCACCCAUUGAGACGGCGCAGCUGCUCGCGGCGCAGACUGUUGAAUUGCCGACGAGCCCGGCCCUCGGCAAAGUGCAGCGCUCGUGCUCGCGCGGGCUGGCAUCGCUCCAGGCUUCGGGUGCGCCAGAUUUGGAGCUCACGUCGGAACCGGACGCAAGCGCCUGUCAAGCUCGCUGCGCCGGUACCAGUGGCUGCGCGUACUUUACCUGGUGGUCCGGUGAUGGCGGCUGCCACCUGCAGGACGCGAACGCAAGCCCCAUCCUCACGACGGAGACCAAUGUCGCAGCCUGUCAAGCCCGCUGCGCCAGUACGACAAUUUGCGCCUUCUUCACAUUCUGGACGGGUGAUGGCGGCUGCCAUCUGUAG